AUGCCGGCCCCUAUCAACACCCUCCUCAUCGAGGGCACUUUCACCGAGCUGUGCGAGGAGCUCGCCCAGUACCUCGACGUCCUGCGCAAGGAUGAGGGGAGCAACCUCAGCGCCGACAUUGCCCCGCUGCUCGAACCGUUGCGCCAGCAGGAACAGAAUGGCGAAGAACCCGACCUCAAGCAGCGCGAUGAGGUUCUCAAGAAGAUCGUGACCGCCGCUGCCGUGCUAAACGCUGCCCCAGAGAAAGAGAUUAUCGCUGCUUACAACCUCCUCGUUCACCUCGUCCACCAGUCGUCGAACCCCGACAUAUUCCUGUCGCGCAUCUGCACCUACCUGGCCAAGCCCAUCACAUCUUCCCCGCUGCACGGCCCCUCGCUGGCGCUAUCCAUCCUCACCACCAUCUUCAACACCCUCGCUCCCUCGGACACCAGCCGCUACCACGUCUUCUUGGCCAUCGUGGCUGUGAUCCGCCAGUCCGGACACACCACCGCUUUUGAAGCUCUCAAACCCCAGUUGACCGCCCAGCUGCCGCAAUGGUUGGCCGCGUGGGAGCUGGACGAAGAGGAUGCCCAGAGACUGCACUUGGCCAUUGCGGAUGCCGCCGAAGCCGCUGGUGACAGUGAGCUCGCCCACUCACACGUUGUCGAGGCGCUGCACACUAUCCCUGCCAACGAAGCCUCCAGCAAAGAGGCCCGCGAACUGGCGAUCCGGGCCCUGACGUCGGCGCUGACGCACCCGUCCAUCUUCGACUUCACCCCGCUGACGGCCUCCGAUGCCGUCCAGGCUUUGCGGUCGAGUGACAAUUCGCUCUUCGAACUGCUCGAGAUCUUCGCGGCCGACACGCUAGACGCCUACGAAGACUUUGUCUCUUCUACCCCGCUGUCCUCCAUCUCAGGGGGGAUAUUGGCCGAUGCCGGCGAGAUCCUCCAGACCAAGAUGCGCCUGUUGACGCUGGCAUCCCUGGCGACGUCGGCGCCCUCACGCUCCCUGCCGUACGCCACGAUCGCCUCCGCGCUCCGGAUUCCCGAGGCAGACGUCGAGAAGUGGGUGAUUGACACGAUCCGUGCCGGCCUCGUCGAGGGCAAGCUGUCGCAGUUGCGGUCCGAAUUCCUGAUCCACCGUGCCACCUACCGGGUCUUUGGCGAGAAGCAGUGGGCGGAAGUCCAGGGCCGGUUGAUGGUCUGGCGUCGCAGUCUGGAGGGCGUUCUGAACGUCAUCCGCACGGAACGCGAACGGUUUAUGCGCGAGACCCAGCAGGCAGCCGCUGCGGCCGCAGCUGCUGCCGAGGAGGGCGGCAAAGGGGAAAAGGGCAGCGGGAAAGCGAACGGAGAGCGGAGACGGAAUCCUCACCAGCAGCAACAAUCGCAACAACCACGAGAAGUCGAGCUAGUGGGUGGAGGUGACUAA